AUGAUUGAUGAUAUUGAAGCCACACUGAACCGCAUGUUGGCGUUUCCUUCAGGGGCGUCGUCACUGGACGCGGCGAUAAAACUAAAAAACAUUGCCCUGGCUCUGGAAUUAGCGGAACAAAUUCCUCUCCUGACGGAGACAUGCAUGUCGCUUUGCGUUGAAUUGGCUGAAAACACACCUCCCCAGGUUGCUACCGUUCAUUCCGUGCUGAGUUUAUUGGCUCGGUUUUGUAUGCGAGAGGAAAACAGGGGUCUAGCAACACGCUUUGGUGUUUUUAGCCUAUGUGUUCUCAUUCUUCAAGAUCAUAAGAGUUUACCUGAGGACACAAUUUUUGCCGUUUUUGACUUGAUUAGUACGCUAUGUAUGAAUGACGGGAACGUACGUCGAAUGUUGCGUCCAUCUAUUCCUUAUAUAAUAGAGAUUAUGAACGAUAGUACAAGUUCACUCCAAUUAGCGUUUGGAGGUGCGGUUGCCUUGGCCACCUUGACUAUGCUUGAUGCGGACAAUGCAACCCUUGCUGUAGAACGAGGUUCUGUUCAACUUUUGAUAUCUUCUUUUAUCAGGGCAUAUGAUAGAAAAAAGGAAAUUGAUUGUCAACACAUUUGUCAUGUGUCACGGUGUAAAAAAGAAGAGGAGCAGCAGCUGUGUGAGAAGGUUAUGCGUUGGUCACGUGAUGCCUUGCAGAAACUGGUUCAGUCUCCUUCUCAUGCUGUAGAUGAGAAGUUGGAAGAGGCGGAUUUUGGCAAGUACGGCAGCCGCGUUGAGGUGGACGAACUAAAAUGGAUGUUGAAGUUUCAGCGGAGAAAAGUGAGUGUUAUUCAUCCAUGA